GCGGACUCCUUCAUGAAAAUACAGAGGUAAUCUCUAUCACAAAAGACGUAAAAAAGACCAUUUUUAUACUAUUCGGCCUACGCAGAGAAAAUUCCUCAGCUUUGUUCUUCGAGGAAAGAUUUGCAAAGCUCUUCAGCCAAUGCAAUCCGUAUUGUAAGGAGUUGAAAGGGUUUUUUUCAGCUGUGAUUUUGUAGACUAGUGGUCAUAAUUUUUGUGCGUAAACAAAUGGAUCUGGACCGCGAAGAUGCGUUCAGUUUAAGAGGUGGCGCUUCGGAUGUUACAUCCGAAGUAGCUGGAGCAGUGAUAUUGGCGGAAUCCUCAUUAGCAGUGCCAGACGAGAACAAAAAUGGAGAAUCCAAUUCUUCAUCUGAAACUGGUCUGGAGGUUGAUCGAGGCUCAGUCGGCAAUGGUAGCAGAGGAUCAGAGGGUGAAAGAGAGUUUGAUCCUGCUGAAAUGGUCCCUCUCAUUAAAGAACGAGUCACUUUAAGUUCACUUAAAUCUGAUAUGUGGACUGCAGAACAUGAUUCUACUAUCAUUAAAUUCCUGAAAGACACUUCUCUUAGACUGCUGGUGGUUUAUAAUGACAAGCUGUUAGGAUUACAAGUUGGAUUGUCUGUUCCACCUCAUCCAGUGGAAGAAAUGACAUUCAUGAUAAGGUUUGAAAAUGCCACACUUAACCCUGAUAACAUUGAACAGAAAUUGCAGUUUGGUACAAUCAGAGCCAACCACAUUGAAAGUCUUCUGAGGACAAUGACCAAUGUCUAUGCCCCACUGUUCUUUGGAAACAGAUCCUGGCCAGACAGUAUUAAAAAUGACUUCUCAGCACAGCUGCACAAAUUUAUGGCAAAUCUCACAGACACACGGUAUAAGAUGCAAGGCAAGACAGUGUUAUAUGUCCCAAAUGAGGGUACAAAACUGCCUAUCGAGGAUNGCCCGAAUCACCUUUUGAACGUUACAUGUCAAACUGCCAUGAUCCACUGGACAAGACAAAUAAAAGAGGUGCUAAGUAGUCAAGACACAUUUGAAGCAGCAGAAAAUUCAGGACCAAUGGAGGAGAUUGAGUUCUGGCGCAGUCGCUGUGCUGAUCUGUCUGGAAUCAGUGAGCAGCUGGACAAGCCAGGAGUAAAGAGAAUACAGUCAAUUUUGGAGCACUCAAAGAGUUCUUAUGUUGCUCCAUUUCUCAAGCUCUCAAAGUUGAUUCAGGAUGGUUCUGCUCAAGCCCAGAGUAAUCUUAUGUUCCUGUCCUUGCUGAAGGGACCUUGUGAAGAUCUUGCUCAGGCCCAACCUAAAGACAUUCCAGGGAUGCUGCCCAAGAUCCUCAACUUAAUUCGUUUUAUAUGGAUGAACUCAGAGCAUUACAAGAGUAGAGAGAGACUCACUGGUUUACUGAGAAAGGUUAGUAAUGACAUCAUCAAAAGAUGCAGUACCAAAAUCUCACUAGAUGAUAUCUUUGAGGGAAGGAUCAAGACAAGUAUGCAGGGACUACAGGAGAGCAUCGAGUGCUGUGAGUCAUGGAAACACACCUACAGCAAGAUCAGUAAAAUGCAUUCCAAGUUGUCAAGUGAAAGAUGGAUUCUUGACCAGAGUAGCAUUUUUGCUCAAGUGGAUGCUUUUGUGCAGAGGUGUAAAGAUCUCUUGGAGGUAUGUGAAGGGCAGAUCCACUUUGCAAGAAUGUAUGAUGGUGAGAAAAGACCCCUACCUUGCUUCCAUGGUGUACGAGGACAAGAGGUGGUCAGAAGCUUACUGGAGAUUGAAGCAACAUUUGAGAAGAAUCUGCAGAUCCUCAAAAAUGUUAAGAAAACUAUUUUAGAUGUUAAGGCAACAACAUGGCAUGAUGAUUAUAACAGAUUCCGUGCUGGUGUGAAAGACCUGGAAGUGAUGAUUCAAAAUUUGAUGUCCUCUUCAUUUGAAACAAUAACUACUGUCCCAGAGGGUGUGGAAAUUUUGGACAUAUUCCAACAUUUGUCAUCAAGAGAGGCCAUCAGACGUACAAUUGACAAGAAAACAGUGGAAGUGUACCAACUUUUCAAUGAGGAACUAAACCUUGUUAAGAAAGAGUUCAAUACCAAGACUGUGGACUUGCCGCCUAUGUAUCCAAGUUAUGCAGGAUCAGCAGCCUGGGCAAGAAUGCUGAAAAGAAGGAUAGAUCGACCAAUGAAUGUUUUGAACAAGGCAUUCUUUUUGCCACUGAUUGGGACUGGGGAGGAAAUCAGGUCACAAUACCAACAACUUGCUCAGGCUCUUGAUGAAUUUGUUAGAAAGACUUUUAAUGAAUGGACUUCGACUGUUGACAAGGAAGCUAUCAGACUGUUAGAGAUUCCCCUCAUGCGACGCAGCUUGGACAGAUCAGGGACACUUGACCUUAAUUUUGACAGGAACCUUCUGAAGUUGUUCAACGAAAUUCAUUACUGGGAAAAAUUGAUGUUUGAGACUCCUCACUAUGUCUCUGAGCUGUACAUGAAGAAGGAAGAUCUACGUAUUCUUAGGGAAAAUGUCUUGCUUGUUGUCCGUGACUACAACAGGAUCAUAGCAGUUUUGUCCUCUGAAGAACGUGGUUUGUUCAGAGAGAGAAUCAGAUCACUGGACAAAAAGAUUCACCCAGGUCUAACCAAACUAUCAUGGGCCUCAAAGGGAAUCUCAGAUUACUUCAUUGGAGAAUGCAGGAAUAACUGCAGCAAGGUACAAGAUAUUGUGGAUGACUACAAGAAUGCAAACCUGACCAUCUCCAAGAAUUGCAAGAAGAUCAGUGAGAUGUUACUUGUCAAAAUUGAUGGCAAGAGAGUCUAUGACAAUCUGGAAUUUGAAGAGGAACAGAAAAAUCAUCGAAGCAUUGUGCAGACAAGACUGCAAGUUACCCAUGUAGAGAUUGUUAGCAUCAUGAAACAGACAUAUGAAGUUUUCAAACAUGAUGGCCAAGAGGUGCAAGCCCAUUGGUUACGCUACACUGAGAAAAUGGAUCGUAUGGCUGAAGAGGCAUUCAGAUUGAAUGUGAAAUGGUCAUUGCAGGAACUGUCUAGAGCCAUUAAUGGAGAUGGAAAGAGUGCUCCAAACCCUCUACUAAGAGUCAAAGUUGUACUGGAGGGAGAUAAGGUGGAGUUCUCACCAACACUGAAAAAACUUGCUAGCAUGAUGGACAACAUUGCUGUGCACUUGACUUCUUGUUUGUCAGUUUUCCAACGGCUACCGGAUAUCCUCACCAAGAAGCGUUCUAUUAAAGAUCCUGUCUAUGCGAUAAUUGAAAGAGACGAAGAGACAAAGAAAAUCCAAGCCAGCAUCAAGGCUGGAAUGUCAGCAAACGCCUCACAUUUGCAAUCAUACCUCAGCACCUGGGAUAGUUAUCGAGAAAUCUGGGAGAUACAGAAGGAUGCCUUCAUCAGGAGAUAUCAGAGGCUAAACCCACCUGUGUCCUCGUUUGAUGCUGACAUCUACAGGUACACAGAAAUUGCUAAUAACUUCCAGAAAGAGGAGACAGUGCUCAAUAUUGAUUUUGUGCUCCUGGAUAACUCGCCACUGAAGUUCGCUCUUUUGAGCCAUUGCAAUGAAUGGCAGAGCAAGUUUACCACUCUUCUGCGCGAAAUGGGUAGCCAAAAACUGCUGGAGCUGCACAACUUCUUAAAGGACAAUGCCAAAAAACUCAGUGCUCCUCCAGAAACCCUAGAUCAGUUGGGUGAUAGUCUGGCUCUGUUGGAACAACUCCAACAAGAUCUGUCAAACAUCGAGGCCAAGUUUCCACCUCUACAUCAGCAAUUUGCUAUUCUUGAAAAGUAUGAAGUUGCUAUACCAGAGGAGGUACAACAGAUGCUUGACCAGUUGAGUGGUGAAUGGGUAUCCUUCCAGCAGUGUUUGAUUGACAGUGAUGCUAUGCUGAAGAAGAGUAAAGAGAAGUUCAAAACAGGGCUGAUUCAUUCUUCAGAGGAGUUUAAGAAAACUGUCUCAACACUGUUUGAUGAUUUCCAGAACAAAGGACCAUUCAGUAACUCCAUCUCUGUGAAAGAGGCUUUGGGAGAGGUCAAAACGUACCAUGAACAAGUCAUCAAUUUGAAGACACAAGAAAGCAAACUGAGACGAGGAUUAAACAUUUUUAAGAUUGAACAGCCUCCGUCAAAGGAUCUACAAGGGCUGGAGAAAGAUCUAGAAUACUUGGAGCAGAUCUGGAGCAUCACAAAUGAAUGGGAAGACCUGUGGGAUGCUUGGAAGGUUGGCAAGUUCGAAGAGCUGGUCACCACCGACAUGGAGACUACGUCGCAGUUGUUGUUCAAAAAGUUGAAUAAGCUGGUUCGAGAAGUAAAGGACAAAAACUGGGAGAUUUGUGACUCCAUCAAGUCUCGUAUCGAGCAGUUCAAGCGCACCAUGCCGUUGAUCCAAGACCUGAAGAACCCGGCUAUGAGAGACAGGCACUGGGCACAGAUCAAGUCUGAGGUUCAAAAGCCUUUUGAUCAGAAUGCGUCACUGGUUAUACCAGAAGUGGUUUCUGUUAAAACGACACACUCAACAGAAAGUGACAGCGUAGCUAUUACAGGCAUUGCAGAGAGUUGGGAACAAAUCACCUUGGAUAUUGGGCCUUACAAAGAUCGUGGUCAUUUUAGACUCAAGGCAACAGACGAUGUCUUCCAACAGCUGGAAGAUAACCAAGUUACUCUCUCCACCAUGAAGGCAUCACGAUAUGUCAAGGCUUUUGAAGUAGAGGUGGACAAAUGGGAAAGAACUCUGUCUCUUAUUCUGGAAGUCACAGAAACGAUACUCACCGUCCAGCGACAGUGGAUGUACUUGGAGAACAUUUUCCUCGGCGAGGACAUCCGUAAACAACUUCCGAGAGAGUCAGCAGAAUUUGAUGAUGUGAACGCGAACUGGAAGGUGAUCAUGCAAAGACUUAACAAAGAUAAUAAUGCGUUGAGAGGCACUCAUCAUCCAGGUUUGCUCGAUACACUCAACGACAUGAAUCUAAAACUAGAAGAGAUUCAGAAGUCACUGGACAUGUACUUGGAAACGAAAAGGCAGAUUUUCCCUCGCUUCUACUUCUUGUCUAAUGACGAUCUUCUGGAAAUACUGGGACAAUCUAAAAACCCUGAAGCUGUUCAACCUCACUUAAAAAAAUGCUUUGACAACAUCAGAUCACUGAAGAUGGCAAAGAUGGGUAUCACACAAAAGACAGAAGCAAUUGGAAUGUAUUCGGCAGAAGGAGAAUUUGUGGAGUUUGGACAUUCUGUUCUGCUCGAAGGACCAGUUGAGGCGUGGCUGUGUGACGUGGAACGGAGCAUGCGCUGGACUCUAAAGGAGCUGCUGAAGCAGUGCAGGCUCGCGUUGAAGAAGAACACCAGCAAGCGUGACAAAUGGGUGAAAGAAUGGGCGGGGCAGUUGACCAUCACUUCAAGUCAGAUGCAGUGGACAGGUGAUUGCACCAAAGCGUUGGCCAGCACUAAAGAGAGAGGCGACAAGAAAGCUUUGAAGAGUCUUAAGAAGAAGCAGAUCUCCAUGCUGAACAAAUUCUCUGAAAUGAUUCGUGGCAAUUUGACUAAGAUCCAGCGGCAGAAGAUUGUUGCUCUCGUCACUAUAGAGGUUCAUGCCAGGGAUGUGAUCGAGAAGAUGAUCAAAUCAGGGUGUGGCGACGUGACGGCGUUUGAGUGGCUCAGCCAGCUGAGGCUGUAUUGGGACAAGGACAUCGAUGACUGCGUGGUGCGGCAAACGAACACUCGAUUUCAAUAUGGUUAUGAAUAUUUGGGAAAUUCUGGACGGCUUGUGAUCACGCCCCUCACAGACAGAUGUUACAUGACUCUGACAACCGCACUCCAUCUUCACCGUGGUGGUAGCCCCAAAGGACCUGCUGGGACAGGAAAGACCGAGACCGUCAAGGAUCUCGGGAAAGCUCUAGGAAACUACGUCAUUGUGGUCAAUUGUUCAGAGGGUUUGGACUAUAAGUCUAUGGGGCGUAUGUACAGUGGACUGGCUCAGACUGGAGCGUGGGGCUGCUUUGACGAGUUCAACCGCAUCAACAUUGAAGUAUUGUCUGUAGUGGCGCAGCAGAUUCUGUCCAUUCUGUCUGCUCUGUCGGCUGGUGCUACACGAUUUGUGUUUGAGGGACGUGAGAUUAACUUGGUCUGGUCGUGUGGAAUCUUCAUUACUAUGAAUCCUGGCUAUGCUGGUCGAACUGAGCUUCCAGACAACUUGAAAAGCAUGUUUAGACCGAUAUCAAUGGUUGUACCCGAUUCAGCCAUGAUUGCAGAAAUUAUCCUGUUUGCCGAGGGUUUUAACAACACAAAGGUGCUUGCCAGGAAGGUUCACACGCUGUACUCCUUGGCGGUACAGCAGCUCUCCAAACAGGAUCAUUAUGACUUUGGUCUGAGGGCUCUGACAUCUGUGUUGAGAUAUGCUGGUAAAAAGAAGAGAGCGAACCCUGAUAUGUCUGAUGAAGAGAUUCUCCUUCUGUCCAUGAAAGAUAUGAAUGUAGCCAAGCUGACCUCACAGGAUCUGCCUUUGUUUAAUGGAAUCGUGUCUGAUCUGUUUCCUGGAGUCGAGACGCCCACGAUUGACUAUGGCAAGUUACGCACUGCUAUUGAAAAAGAUGUCAAAGACGCAGGCCUCAAACCACACCCGUCAACCAUUCUGAAGGUGAUUCAGCUAUACGAGACAAAAAACUCCAGACAUUCUACCAUGUUAGUCGGCCAGACAGGAUCAGGAAAAAGUGUUUGCUGGAAGAUUUUGCAAGCGGCUAUGACGCGACUGAAGAGAGAUGGCGACUCAAACUUUAACAUUGUCAAGGAAUUUCCCAUUAACCCCAAAGCCCUGUCCCUGGGUGAACUUUACGGAGAGUUUGAUCUAAACACUAAUGAGUGGACUGACGGAGUACUGUCCAGUGUUAUGAGACUCACAUGCUCAGAUGAGAGACCAGAUGAGAAGUGGAUUCUCUUUGACGCUCCCGUGGAUACGCUGUGGAUUGAGUCCAUGAACUCAGUUAUGGACGACAACAAAGUGCUGACUCUUAUAAAUGGCGAGCGUAUAGCCAUGCCUGAUCAGGUUUCCUUACUGUUUGAGGUAGAAGAUCUUGCUGUGGCAUCUCCUGCGACAGUCAGUCGAUGUGGCAUGGUUUUCUCCGAUUACAAAGAUCUCGGGUGGCAGCCCUACGUUGACUGCUGGUUAGAUAAGAGAACAGAUAAGCAAUCCGUGGAGCACCUUCAGAGGUUGUUUGAGAAGUUCGUUCCUAAAGUGUUGGAUUUUCGUAGACACCAUUGCAAGGAGCUCGUUGCCACCUCUGAAUUGAACUCUGUUGUGUCAUUGUGUGUUUUGUAUGACGCACUAGCUACAGAAGAGAAUGGGGUUCAUCCACAUGAAGACAGCUAUCCUCGCAUGAUCGAGCUGUGGUUUUUGUUCUCGUUGAUCUGGUCUAUUUGUGCGUCUGUGGAUGAAGACAGCAGAAAGAAAAUGGACAAUUUCCUUCGAGAAAUCGAAGGUCAAUUCCCUGCAAAGGAUACAGUAUAUGAGUAUCAUGUGGACACGAAACAGAAGGCCUGGGCUCUGUGGGAGGACAAACUCAGGACGGGUUGGCGUUACACCCCCAACAUGCCAUUUUAUAAGAUCAUGGUCCCCACUGUUGACACCGUGCGGUACGACUUCUUGGUGUACAGUCUACUUCAGGCUAAGCGGCCUGUCCUUCUAACAGGACCUGUAGGAACUGGAAAGACUUCCUUGGCACAGAAAGUGCUGCAGAGACUGGACCCCAAGACCUACAGUCUUUUGGUCAUAAAUAUGUCCGCACAGACGUCCUCGAACAACGUUCAAGAGAUCAUCGAGAGCAAAGUGGAGAAAAGAACCAAAGGUGUCUAUGUGCCUGUUGGUGGCAAACAGCUGAUCAAGUUCAUGGAUGACUUCAACAUGCCGGCGAAAGACACAUUUGGCUCGCAGCCGCCGCUGGAGCUUAUCAGACUGUGGUUAGAUUACGGCUUUUGGUAUGAUCGACUCAAACAGACCGUUAAGUACAUAAAGGGCAUGCAUUUGUUGGCUUCUAUGGGUCCUCCGGGUGGUGGCAGGAUGGUGAUCUCUAAGAGACUGCAGAGCAGGUUUAACCUAAUCAACAUGACUUUCCCUCAGGAAAGUCAAAUCAAGCGUAUUUUUGGCACCAUGAUCAACCAGAAGCUGCAGGACUUUGAAGAAGACGUUAAGGCUCUUGGUGAUGUAAUGACCCAGGCAACUAUUGAUAUCUACAACGCUAUCGUCGCCAGAAUGCUUCCAACCCCUACCAAGAUACAUUACCUUUUUAACCUGAGAGACAUUUCUAGGGUUUUUCAAGGCUUACUCCGCGCUAACAAAGACUUCCAUGACACCAAGACAGCAAUGUCCAGACUCUGGGUUCACGAGUGCUUCAGAGUAUUCUCUGAUCGUCUCGUUGAUGCAGGGGACCACGAAGCCUUUGUGACACUUUUAAGUGAUAAGCUUGGAACGAUGUUCGACCUGACUUUCCACAACCUCUGCCCCAACAAACAACCACCAAUCUUUGGUGACUUCAUGAAAGACGGCGCUGUGUAUGAAGACAUGAUGGACUUCAAGGUGCUCAAGAAAUACAUGGAAGAUCAGUUGGAGGAUUACAACAUGGAACCAGGGGUGAUUUCCAUGGAUCUUGUGCUCUUUAGGGACGCUAUUGAACAUGUGACCCGUAUAAUCCGUGUGAUUGCCCAGCCUCGUGGCAACAUGCUACUGAUUGGAAUCGGAGGCAGUGGGCGGCAGAGUCUCGGUCGUCUGUCGGCCUACAUCAUCGGCUUCAAGGUGUUCCAGAUAGAAGUCACAAAGCACUACAGAAAGGUCGAGUUCAGGGAGGAUUUGAAGCGUCUGUAUUACCUCACUGGUGUGGACAACAAACCUACGGUAUUCUUGUUCAAUGACACGCAAGCGCUGGAAGAAUCUUUCCUUGAAGACAUCAGUAACAUCCUCAGCAGAGGUGAAGUACCAAAUCUGUACAAACCUGAGGAGUUUGAAGAGGUUCGCACUGCUUUAUCAGAAGACGCUCGUAAAGAGGGUAUCCUCGACAUGCCAGAAACAAUGUUUAACUACUUUAUUGAGCGAGUCCGAAGUAAUCUACAUAUCAUUCUGUGCAUGAGUCCAGUAGGUGAUAUAUUCAGAAACCGUAUUCGGAUGUACCCAGCUUUUGUAAACUGUACCACGAUCGACUGGUUCAGCGAGUGGCCCCAGGAUGCUCUUUUGGAGGUGGCCGAGAAGUAUUUAGAAAGUAUGGACCUGAGCGACGACGAGGUUGCUUUAUGAGAAGAGAAAAGAACUUGGUGACGCGGCCAGCAAGCUGAGAAAUGGUUUGGACAAAAUUGAUGAUACCAGAGCAAAGGUGGAGUCCAUGUCGAUCGAGCUGGAGGAAGCCAAGACUAAAGUCGCUCAGUUUCAGAAACAGUGCGAAGAAUACCUUGUGGUGAUUGUGCAGCAGAAGAGAGACGCUGAUGAACAACAGAAGAUUGUGCAAGCCAGAAGCGAGAAGAUCGCAGAAGAGGAAGACAAAUGCCGAGUAAUGGCAGAGAAUGCCCAGCACGACUUGGACGAAGCUCUACCGGCCCUCGCCGAGGCCACCAAGGCUUUAGAAUCACUGAACAAGAAGGACAUGACGGAAAUCAAAUCUUACGGCCGCCCACCUGCCUUGGUCGAGAAAGUGAUGGAGGCUGUCAUGAUCCUGAGGGGAGGCGAGCCUACCUGGGCUGAAGCCAAGAGACAGCUUGGCGAUCAGAACUUCAUCAAGCAAUUGGUCAACUAUGACAAAGACAACAUGACGGACCGAAUCCUGAAAAAAAUCGGCACGUACUGCGCUCAACCAGAUUUUCAACCGGAGAUCAUUGGACGCGUGUCGCUGGCAGCUAAGUCACUCUGUAUGUGGGUACGAGCUAUGGAGGUUUAUGGACGAAUCUACAGAGUGGUGGAGCCUAAAAAACAAAGGCUGGCGCAGGCAACUUCUCAGCUGCAAGAGAAACAGGCUGUGUUAGCUGAUGCCAAGGCCAAGCUGAAAGAGGUGACGGAUCGGAUGGAAGAGCUUAAGAGGCAAUAUGACGAGAAGUCCGCGCAGAAAGAAGAACUGAGAAGGAAAGCAGAGAUCACCGAGUUGAAACUUGAACGUGCUGGGAAACUGGUGUCAGGUCUGGCGGGAGAGAGGGAUCGCUGGGAAGCUAGUGUCAAGAUUUUAGAGGAAAAUAUUGGUUAUCUGGUAGGAGACUGUUUGAUUGCUGCGGCCUUCUUGUCUUACGCUGGACCAUUCCUGUCCAAUUACAGAGACGAGCUUGUAGAGAAAACUUGGCUUGCACAGGUUCGCCAGUUGAAUGUGGCGUGCAAUCCAAACUUCUCCUUCUCCAAUUUUCUGGCCAAGCCAACCACCGUCAGGGAGUGGAACAUUCAGGGUUUACCGUCAGACUCCUUUUCAACUGAAAAUGGUGUUAUGGUGACAAGGGGAAGCAGGUGGCCCCUGAUGAUCGACCCGCAAGGACAGGCCAUUAAAUGGAUCAAGAAUAUGGAAACUAAGAAGGGUCUAAAAAUAAUUGACUUACAACAGUCUGAUUAUCUGAGGACGUUGGAAAACUCUGUUCAGUUUGGUAACCCAGUUUUAUUGCAGAAUGUACAGGAGGAACUCGAUCCGUCUUUGGCUCCGAUCCUAAACAAAUCGAUAAUCAAACAAGGUGGCCGGUUGUUGAUUCGGCUUGGCGACAAAGAAGUCGAGUACAGCCCUGAGUUCCAUUUCUACAUCACAACGAAACUAAGUAACCCUCACUACACGCCAGAGAUCUCUACUAAGACCACAAUUGUGAACUUCGCUGUCAAGGAACAAGGUCUGGAGGCCCAGCUGUUAGGUAUUGUAGUUCGUAAAGAGAGGCCGGAGCUAGAAGAACAGAAGGAUGCCCUUGUUAUUAACAUCGCGGCCAAUAAAAAGAAACUUGAGGAGUUGGAAGAUGAAAUCUUAAGGUUGUUGCAGACUGCUCAAGGCUCGUUGCUUGAUGAUGAACAGCUUGUAAACACGCUGAACUCAUCAAAAACAACUUCACAGGAGGUAGCUGAACAACUUCAGGUCAGCGAACAAACAGAGAUCAAGAUUGAUGCAGCCAGAGAGGGCUACCGUCCGUGCGCGCAGCGGGCUUCGAUUCUCUUCUUCGUUCUGAAUGACAUGGGCAAGAUAGAUCCUAUGUACCAGUUCUCUCUCGACGCGUACAUUGAUUUGUUCAACAACUCCAUUGAGAAGAGCCAGAGGAGUCCCAAUCUGGAGAUACGAAUUCAGAACCUGAAUGACUAUCACACCUACGCUGUGUACAAAUACACCUGCCGAGGCCUGUUUGAACGCCACAAGCUUCUCUUCUCUUUCCAAAUGUGCUCUAAGAUUUUGGAAGCUGCGGGCAAACUCAACAUAGACGAAUACAACUUCUUCCUCAGGGGGGGAGUGGUACUAGACAGAGAGGGCCAGAUGGAUAAUCCUUGUACUCAGUGGCUCAACGAGGCAUCAUGGGAUAACAUGACUGAGUUGGACAAACUGCCUAACUUCCAUGGUAUUGUGACAUCGUUUGAGCAGUAUCCCAGAGAUUGGAACAUCUGGUACACUAGUGCUGAACCAGAAAACACGCCGUUACCCGGUGAAUGGGAAAACGCGUGUAACGAGCUGCAGAGGAUGCUGAUAGUUCGAUCUCUUCGCCCUGACAGAGUUUCUUUCACUGCCACAUCAUUUAUUGUGAACAAUCUAGGCUCCAAGUUUGUGGAGCCUCCCGUAUUAGACAUGGCGUCGGUGGUGGAGGAUUCAUCAACACGAACUCCGCUAAUUUUCGUUCUAUCCCCUGGAGUGGAUCCCACCAGUGCUUUGUUACAACUUGCUGAGAACACUGGAAUGUCGAGUCGUUUCCAUGCCCUCUCUUUAGGCCAAGGCCAGGCACCAAUUGCUACGCGAAUGAUCAAAGAAGGAGUCAAAGAUGGUAACUGGGUGUUCUUGGCCAACUGUCACUUAUCGCUGAGUUGGAUGCCUCAGCUUGACAAGCUGGUGGAGCAGCUUCAGGUGGAAGAGCCGCACCCUGACUUCAGACUGUGGCUAAGUAGCAGCCCUCAUCCAGAAUUUCCCAUCUCCAUCCUACAAGUCGGCAUCAAGAUGACAACAGAACCUCCUAAGGGUCUCAAGGCGAACAUGAAGCGACUAUACCAGCUGAUCACAGAUCAACAGUUCCGCCGCUGCCACAAACAGGACAAGUACAAGAAACUGCUGUUCUCGUUGUGUUUCUUCCACAGUGUGUUGUUGGAGCGAAGGAAAUUCCUUAUGCUUGGGUGGAACAUACAGUACGGGUUUAAUGACUCUGAUUUCGAAGUGUCCGAGAACUUGUUGAGUAUUUACCUGGACGAAUAUGAAGAGACUCCCUGGGACGCCUUGAAAUAUUUGGUGGCAGGUGUCAAUUAUGGUGGUCACGUGACAGAUGAUUUUGACAGGCGUUUGCUUCAUUCGUACAUCAAUGAGCAGUUCUGUGACGCAGCCAUUCUGACCCCUUACUACAAGCUAUCUGCUCUGCCAACCUAUUACAUUCCGAAAGACGGUCCUCUUUCCACCUACAGGGAAUACAUUAGCAUGUUACCUAAUGUUGAUCAUCCCGAGACGUUUGGUCAGCACCCUAAUGCUGAUAUCGCCAGUCAGAUCAUCGAAACCAGGAAUCUGUUUGGUACGUUACUUUCUCUUCAACCCCAGAUCCCUUCUGCUGGAGGACAAGGAGAGAGCAGGGAGGAAAAGGUUUUGGAGCUUGCUGCUGACGUACUGAAAAAAGUCCCUGAGGAGAUUGACUAUGAACAGACCGCGAAAAUCAUGUCUGACGACCCCUCUCCUCUUAACGUUGUGUUGCUUCAAGAGAUUGAACGGUUUAACGCCUUGUUACGAAUCAUCAGAGCAUCCCUUAUCGAUCUGGAGAAGGGAAUCAAGGGUCUCGUGGUCAUGUCUUCUGACCUGGAGGAGACGUUUUAUUGUAUCUACGAUGCCAAAGUUCCCCCUAUGUGGGGAAAGGCUUACCCGUCGAAUAAACCGCUGGGUAACUGGACACGUGACCUAGUGCUGCGGGUGGAUCAGUUUGCCAAGUGGGCGACCACAGCUCACCAGCCCGUCAUAUUCUGGAUGUCUGGCUUUACAUUCCCCACAGGCUUCCUGACCGCGGUCUUACAGACAUGCGCACGACAAAACAACGUGUCCGUGGACUCGCUGUCGUGGGAGUUUGUUGUGUCCACAGUGGACGAUAGCAACAUCACCCAACAGCCCAAGGAUGGUGUAUGGAUCCGUGGGCUCUUUUUAGAGGGGGCUGGCUGGGACAAGAAGAAUGCGUGCCUCAUUGAAGCAGAGCCCAUGCAACUCGUUAGCGCCAUGCCUACGAUUCAUUUCAAGCCCGUGGAGAACAAGAAGAAGAGUGGAAAAGGUGUUUACGCAUGCCCAUGUUAUUACUAUCCAAACCGAGCGGGAACGUCUGGCCGCGCGUCCUUUGUGGUGGCCGUUGACCUGAAAGCGGGAGCCAUGACGUCAGACCACUGGAUCAAACGUGGAACUGCGCUUCUGAUGAGCCUUGAUUACUGAGCAGCGGUUCUUUGUGAAAGUCUCAUACACGGCAUGUGAUAUGAACAUUGCGGGAAUAAUUUGAAAAUAAACCAAAGGAAAAAAAAGCUUUGUGAAGUUAGGAGAUGUUACAGUUAAAACAAAUAGUGUGGUUUUCCAGUGAAAGUGUCAAAUAGUUUCAAACAUUACAUAAAAUUUAAUUCGUACUUUUGCUAUGACACAUCCAUGUAGCAUUGUUCUGCUCCCACCAUCAAAUAGUUUAGUUAUGAAAUAAAAAAACAAACAAAACAACGAGAAAGACAAUUCAGUUCUCUUGUGAUUGUAAACGUUUUCAUUUUACGUUUUCCCUCAAAGAGUGGAUCUAUUUAUUAGGUUUAAUCCUGCAAUAAAAGUAUUUUUACAUAUCA